CUGGUCACACUGUGCAAGUUUACCGAAAUUCGUCCCAGUACCUGGUUACACUGGACAAUUUGCCCGGAAUUCGCUUUCAUUUGCGCUUCUUCUAAGAAUAAAGUACAAAAUUGACGCUUUGAACAAUUUCUUUGCAAAAUGGCCCUGAUUCAUAAUGAAAGGAUUACCGUUAAAGAAUUGCAGAAUUAUUUUGCGAAAUCUCUUGGCUACAAGGAGGAAAUAGUCUGGGAUUUGGUCCCUGAGGAUCAACCAUAUUUGCUGAAGAGAAAAAUUGAAAAAUUAUCGAGUGUCCAAAAAAUUCGUGACUCCAUGUUUUCAGCUGUGUGGAAUCAACGAAAAUAUACAAACGGACAAUCGCUGACAGCCAUAAUUUGUGUGGUUGUGGUCCCAGAGGAAGAACAUUUUGAUGCCGCUGAGGAAAGUACGAAUUUCUCCUGUCACCCAGUGAUCAUAGCCCGCCGCUGCAUGAGUGGAAAAGGCAGCUCCAACUGCUGCAAUUUGUUUGUUGACGAAAACGCUCGCGUCUACCAAAAUUGGAAACAUUAUGUGGAUACCAAUGUGUUACCUCCCGGUACCAUGGUGGUCCCAAAAUCCGGAAUAUACCAGUUGGUGGGAGGAGAGUUGCGCCUGGACAAGUUUCAAACACCGGCGGGUAGCGCUGGUAGCAAAACUCUUCAAGUCCUUGAUAAGAGUUUUGCGAUUGGAGGGCUUGCCUGUGCGGGAGUCUCAAUUGUGGCAGUGUGUGGUUUUCCCUUCACGGCUGUAGUGAUGGGCAUUUUCGGAUUUGUGAGUCUUGCCAUUGCCGCAUAUGCUACGACCCGGUCAAUUAUGGCACUAGUGGAUCGCUCCACACACGAGCAGUUGAUCAAUUUGACCGACCAAGAGGCACGCAGGCACUGGUUGACUGCAAUAUGUGGUAUCGUCGGUAUAGCUGCUGCCGGGAUCACAAAAGCCUUCUCCCAAUGGACGGACAAGGGAAGAACCAUAACUUCGAUGGCACUUUCCGGUACACGUGUUGCAAAUGGCAUCGUGGACAUUGUAAUUGAUGCUAUGGACGGAGAAAUGCAAAAGACGUCCUUCAAUCUUAAUGAUUAUGGGGAUGCUAUCUUCAAGUACGUGGCCAAUGCCGAGUCAUUCCCAGAGAAAGUUCGCGUCUUCUCAAAGACUGCAACUCCAAAACUUUUUAAUUUCAUCUUGAAACUGACUGGAACUUUUCUAAACGAAAUGUUGAAUGAGCUGCCAGAGUCGGUAAAAUUCUUUAUUUCCACUGAAUUUGUGCUGACCCGUUUGUUAAUGAUUGUUUUGACCGACUAUCGCGAAAAGUCAUACGAAUUUAUAAAAGCACAUCAUUUUCAAAUUCUUCAGAAGGUAAAGCGCCAAUUUCUGCUUCUAAACUCAAGCGACAAAAUGAUCUCAUGUGAAAAGUGCAAGGUCUGCAAAGGUAUUUUCACUGUUUGCACUUUAUAAAGGAGCGAAAAUUAAACUAUAGUUGGAAUAUGAUAUUUUAUAGGUGUAUACUAUUAAGUAUAUCUUUAUUCCCUUGUUUAAAAAAUUGAAUUCUUUUUUAUUUUUGACACAAAUAAAACAAACGAUUCUGAUUUA